AUGCUUUCAUGGAAAGAGAAAUUGUGUAGGUCAAGUUCAAACCAAGAAGUGUCAACUCUUUUGAAUGAAACCGUUUUAGAAAAGCGACGUUAUUAUUUUAAAAAGAUCAUCUCAACGAUUUUAUUCUUGGCGCAAAACGAGUUGCCCUUGCGCGGGAACUGGGACAGUGCAGAAGAUAAAGAAGGUGGCUUAUUUAAUAAUUUAUUCGAGUACAAUUUGGAAAACGAUGAACAUUUGCGUCACUGCCAAGAGCAAAUGCCAGCAAACGCAACGUAUACGUCUCCUCUCAUCCAAAAUGAAAUCAUUCAAAUCAUUGCCGAUCUGUUGCGUGAGAAAAUUGUUGCCGAUAUAAAUGAUUCUACCCAUUGCACUUUGAUGGCCGACGGAACCAAAGACAAAAACGGUCGAGAAAUCAUAUCAAUUGCGUUUCGUUAUAUCAAGAAUGGAAAGCCAGUUGAAUCACUUCUGUGUUUUGUAAAAGCUGACGACAUCACAGCAAAAGGCAUAACACAAUUGAUCAUCGACCAAAUCACAGAAUAUGACAUUAUUGUUGCUAAAAUAAUCUGCCUGUGCUAUGACGGUGCGUUCGUCAUGAGCGGAGAACAUGGUGGUGUGCAAACAUUGCUACAAGAAUACUUCAAACGAAAAAUCCCCUAUAUACAUUGUUUUAAUCACCGUUUGCACCUUGUCGUAAUAGCUGUAGUGUCGGAAAUAGACUCAUGCCGGUUAUUUUUCGAUCAAGUUAGGCUUCUGCAUAAAUUUUUCAAUCGUUUCAAGGUUCGAAGAAAAUACGACGGAACGAACAUUCCCAGACUCAUUGAAACACGAUGGUCCGGCCAUUUAAAAGCAAUUGAAACAAUCGCCCAAAAUUACGAUGAUUUGCUUGCUGCAUUGGACACGAUAAAAAAUGGCAAUGGAAAGAACUUUGAUGCCGACGACAUUGCAUUAGCUUCAGGCCUGUCAAGUGCAAUUAUGGAAAAGAAGUUUUUGUUCAUGCUGCAUUUUUUAUGUCAUUUACUCAGUUUGAUAGAACCAGCCAACAAAAUGCUUCAAAGCCGUGAAAUAGGAUUUAUUCAAGCGAAGCCGAUAAUUGAAUCCGUUCACAAAACCGUGCUGGAUCAAAGAACGGAUGAAGCGUUCAACCGUUUUCUGCAAAUCGCUGAAAAAGUAAUGAGCAAUUUUGAAGAUUUCGAGCCGAGACCACAGAGAAUUCGUCAGCGUAGCACCCGAUUGAAUAACUCUAUCGUAUUGGAGACGCUUGGGGAGCGUCACAUUGAAGUAGAUGCGCAAAACAACGUCGAAAAAGAAACAUUGUUGCUGAAAUCGCAGUAUUUCAAUGUAAUCGAUCGCGUUUCAAGUGAAAUGGCUCGUCGCUUCGAUGAGAACACCGAUAUUUUGACUGCUAUCGAUGAAGUAAACAACAUAGGUGACGAUGAUUUUGAUCGAAAUGCGCUCAAGCCGUUGAGCGAAAUUAAUUUGACAUUGCCCUCAGAAGCCGAAUUAUCCGUGGUGAAACAAUUUUUAUCGAAAGAAAAAAACAAGCAAGGAAUGUCCAAGUUAGAGAAGCUAUUUCCAGUUAGAGAAGCUAUGAAUGAUACGUAUCAACUACUGGAGGCAGCUGAAACGUUUGCAAGUAGCACGGCAGUAAGUGAGUGCUCAUUUUCAGCAUUAUCAAGAAUAGACACGGUGCGUCGGAUGGCGAUGACGGAUAAGCGCCUCUGCAAUCUCACAUUCUUGGCAUUUGAAAAAAAGAAACUCAAAACAUUGGAUGACAAUUCUAUUAUGCGAAAAUUCAAUGAAAAAAACAGACGUUUAAGUUUAUUUUAAAGUGCAACGA